AGCCUGAUGCAGAGGAGAGACAGAGAGAGAAUUCCAGUCAGGUAUUGCACUCUUGGCACCAGAGAUGCUGCAAGGGAUCCUCACACUCUCGUAGAACUGUCUGCCUUUUCUGUGAUCAACCGCUUCCAACCUUUUAAUGUAGCAGUGUCCAGCAAUGUUCUGCUGCUAAUGGAUUUUCACUGUCACCUGACCACAAGUGAGGUGGUGGGGUAUUUGGGGGGCCGAUGGGACACUAACACACAGUGUAAGAGUGAUCAUUUUUGUAACUACUGUACAAACAAACAGCAAAUUGGAGGUUAGAAACACUCAAAAUGUAUAUUUCAUGU